AUGAGCCAGAGACACAACAAAGGCAAGAAGCGGCAGUCGGUGCCCGCUGAGUCCAAGUCCAACGCCAACCCCGGCAACCCUAAUCGACCGCAAUAUAUGACCGUCGGAUCCGGUUCGACUUCAGAAAGUGCAGCUCGCCUCCAGGCUCUUUUGGAUAACGACUCGGGCUAUGGUGGGAGCACGGCUGGUGAUGGAGUCAACGUCAACGGCGCUCCAUCAUGGAACCCGACCUUGACGGAGGAUAGACCCACGCCUUCUCUUUCACCAGCUGGACAGGGUGGAGAAGCCGCCGACAACGGUAGGCGAGUUCAGGCAAAUGCCAUACACCAGCUAUGGUACAAUCAACAUCGGGUCGCACUUGGCAGAUCGAUCAACAGAGUGGUGGAGAGCUUGAAGUCAUUGCAAGAGAUGAAUGCUUCGUGGCCGGCAACCUAUCCCUCCGUACAACGCGCCGAGUUAGCAUCCCCGAACAGAACCGACAGACCAGCAUUGGCCCACACGAAUACAGGACUAAAUAAGCGAAUGUCUAUGCCAGUAGAGCCUCGUCCGCGACCAAUUCGACGAGCGGAAACUUCGAUCGGUGAACAGAGUUCCCAGGCCGAAUCAAGCAAGUCGGCGGAAGAGAAGGCCGCUGCGGAACCAAGAUUGAUCACUCCCCAGAUUGCACAAGAGUUUUCCAUUCUAAAGCUUGAUCUCAAACUAGGAGCUCUCUAUCAGUCGGAGUUGGUGCAUUCGUUGGAGAAAAACUCAAUAGCAUCCCUGUUGGACGGCAAGAUUAGCACGAGUAUCAAGCAUCUUUUGUCGCUACGGGAGCGAAUUGAGGAUACCUCAAGUAAGGUGCUGGUUACGGGAGAUCUGAAUGCUGGAAAAUCCACCUUCUGCAAUGCCCUUCUUCGACGAAAGGUCCUGCCGGAAGAUCAACAGCCAUGUACAAAUAUCUUCUGUGAGGUCUUGGAUGCCAGGGAGAAUGGAGGGGUUGAGGAAGUACACGCCGUACACAAGGACACGCAAUACAACCGACACGACGAGACCACGUACGAUGUAUUUGCCUUGACAGAUUUGGAGGAUCUUGUGGUGGACAACGAAAACUACACGCAAUGCAAGAUUUAUCUGCAGGACGUACGGUCUAUCGACGAGUCGUUGCUCAAUAACGGCGUCGUAGACAUCUCAAUAAUUGACGCUCCGGGCCUCAACUCUGAUACUACAAAGACUACUGCUGUAUUUGCACGACAAGAGGAGAUUGACGUGGUGGUUUUUAUUGUGUCGGCUGCCAAUCACUUUACUCAAACAGCAAGAGAGUUCAUUUGGGCUGCAGCUGCGGAAAAGGCCUACAUCUUCAUGGUCGUCAAUGGAUAUGACAACAUCAGGGAUAAGGAGCGAUGUCAGAAGAUGAUUUUGGAGCAAGUACAUGGUCUGAGUCCAAGAACUUUCAAAGAGUCAUCAGACUUGGUUCAUUUCGUCUCAAGUAAUGCAAUUCCUACAGCUCCUCCACCUGGUCCGCCUGGUGGAAAUGGAGGUAGCGGCAGCUCUAGUGGAGGAGGCGGAGAUUAUGAUGACUCAGAUCCAAAAGGCAAAGGAAAGGCACAGGAUAAAGACAAGAUCCGAGAUUUUGAGGCUCUCGAACAAUCGCUGCGAAGAUUCGUACUGGAGAAGCGUGCUCGUUCAAAGUUGGCUCCAGCCAAAACAUAUCUGUUGAACGUUCUUGGAGAUGUACACACUUUGGCAACUGUCAACCAAGAGGUCGCUCAGUCCGAAUUAAACCGCGUAUCCAAGGAACUGAGAGAGCUGGAACCUGUUCUUGAGGCAUCUAAAAAGGCCAAGGCGGAGGUUAGCGAUGAUAUUGAUCGCACAAUCGAAGCCACCUGCAAAAGUAUCUAUGACCAUACCCGAGCCACUCUUACCUCAACCAUUUCACAAGCAGGAGAAGAAGAUCACGGCAUACCUUACCCAGGUCUGUUUAGCGCAUUUCAAUACGCAGAUGAUCUUAAGGAGGCUAUCCUCUCUGAGAUAUCUGCUGCGGUUACUGCUUCUGAAGAUCACGCUCGAUCAAAGACUGUUGGCGGAGUGAACUCAAUCAAACAAUUGGGACUGCUUCAUCUUGGAGAUGAGUACACAGACUUGAGUUUCCGAAGUGAUGUCAUGUUUCGAAGAAAACGAGAUAUUCUUGCCCGCCAAGUUGAAGUUGAAACUGAACUAUGGGACUUUUUCGACUGGUCUACUAUUCUGCAGAAACAAGAGAAGAUGGCAGGAACUGGAAUGGCACUUACCGUGGCGACCGCUGUCGGUGGACGAAUGGUCGGUGGUUAUGGCUGGAUUGACGGUGCACUGGGCGCUGCGAAGAUCGUUGGCAACAACAACAUGCAGAAGCUCAUCAUUCCUGGGAUUAUUGCAGCAGCCGCUGCUGCAACUUAUUACAUCCUCAACCAGAUCCCGCACUCACUCCCUCACCGCCUCUCGACAAAAAUUUCAGCUCAACUUGCAGCCAUCGACUAUGUGCACACAAAUAGUGACAGAAUAUCCACCUCUGUCCGUAAGGUUCUCCGUUUCCCAGCCGACAACCUGCGUGUAGGUCUUCAGCGCUCGGUGGAACAACUCGGUUCUAAGCGCGAGGAGACCCUCAAGAUUCGAGGCGAAAGCGAGGUCGCCCGAAAGUACUUUGGUAACUUGGUCAACGAAAGUGCUAGGAUCCGAAACACCGUCGAGGCGAUUGACCUAGAGGGGCCGGCACCAGGAGUAGCUGCUGCUUAUGAUUCUUGA